GUCACGCGCAGGUGCGCCCGCCCGGCCUCCCCGCUCGGACCGAGCUCGCACGCUCCGCCUCCCUCGCCAGGCGCCGGCGGUGCGGGGCGCGCGGGACGGGCGGCGAUGCGCGGGGGCCGCUGAGAGCGGAGGGGCCUCGGCGAUGGAGGCCGAGGGCUUGGACUGGCUGCUGGUCCCGCUGCACCGGCUGGCGUCCUGGGGGGCGGCCGGGGCCAUGGUCUUCGGAGGGGUGGUGCCCUACGUCCCGCAGUACCGCGACAUCCGGAGGACGCAGAACGCCGAGGGCUUCUCCGUCUACGUGUGCCUGGUGCUGCUGGUGGCCAACAUCUUGCGGAUACUCUUCUGGUUCGGAAGGCGCUUUGAGUCCCCGCUGCUGUGGCAGAGCGUGGUCAUGAUCUCCACCAUGUUACUGAUGCUGAAACUCUGCACGGAAGUCCGCGUGGCCAACGAGCUGAACAUAAAACGCCGCUCCUUCGCAGCUGCAGAUAGUAAGGAUGAAGAAACCAAAGUCCCCCCCAGGCGGUCCUAUCUGGACUUCGACCCUCACCACUUCUGGCACUGGAGCAGCUUCUCGGACUACGUGCAGUGUGUCCUGGCCUUCACAGGUGUGGCGGGCUACGUCACGUACCUGUCCAUCGAUUCGGCCCUGUUCGUGGAGACCCUGGGCUUCCUGGCUGUGUUGACCGAGGCCAUGCUGGGCGUGCCGCAGCUCUACCGAAACCACCGCCACCGGUCCACGGAGGGCAUGAGCAUAAAGAUGGUGCUCAUGUGGACCAGCGGCGACGCCUUCAAGACAGCCUACUUCCUGCUGAACGGCGCGCCCCUGCAGUUCUCCGUGUGCGGCCUGCUGCAGGUGCUGGUGGACCUGGCCAUCCUGGCACAAGCCUACGCCUUCGCCCGCCACCCCCAGAAGCCAGCGCCCCAUGCCACACACCCCGCCAGUGCCAAGGCCCUCUGAGGCAGCCAGGGAGGACAAAGGCCUGUGGCCGCCAGCCACAGACACUGCCCACCUGUCCUCCCAGUGUGGGGG